ACGAAAAAAAAAAAUCAUCAUCAUCCAUUGUUCGGCACUUCCGGUAGAAAGAAACACGAAUCGUCCAUAGUUACCGGAAUGUGGAAGUUGAAGCAACUCGAAAAUCGAAAUGUUGCUCUUCCUCUGAAUCUGAACGGUUAAUUAGGGUUUUAGUUUGAGAACAGAGCGAAAGCACCCUCCAAUGGCGGCACCCUCCGACAGGGUCCACCAAUUCUUCGACGAACUAGAAGCAAAGAAAACCAUCCUCGCCAAAUGCACCAAUCUCUUCACCAUCCUCUCCAAGCACUUCUCCUCCCUCCAAAAUUCCCUCACCGUGAAAUCCCAAUUCCUCGAUUCCAAGCUCCAAGCCCUCGAAUCCAGCUCCAAGGAAACCCUAGAAUCCCUCCACCACCGCGAAGCCUCCAUCCCGGAGCGCGAGUCCGCAGCCGCCGCCCGCAUCGAGGACCAGAAGGAGGCCGCGCUCGCCGAGCUCCGCUCCACCGCGCCGCCGGAACCCGACCUCUCGGCCUCCCUCAGGUCCCUCUCGCGGAAGAUGGACGCGGCGGCGCUGCUGCGGUUCGUGGUCUCGAAGCGGAAGGAGUCGGCGUCGCUUCGGGCGGAGAUAGCGGCGGCGAUGGCGGAGGCGGUGGACCCGCCGCGGGUGGUGGUGGAGGCCGUGGAGGAGUUUCUGAAGAGCAAGGUGGCGAAGUCGGGGGUGACGGACAAGAGGUGGGCGUGCGGGCUCGUGAUUCAGGCGCUCAUGGUUUCGGAGCCGAGGGAAUAUUCUAGAAGGAUCGUGGAGAGAGCGGUUAAGGUUGUGGAGUCAUGGAAGGGGCUAUUGGAUGGGGAAUCGGAGAGUGGUGCCGCUGAAGUUGUUAUGUUUCUUCAGAUGGUGGUGUGCUUCGGGUUGAGGUCCAGGUUUGAUGAUGAUUAUCUCAGGAAGUUCGUUAUGGAGUUUGCUUCUAGAAGGGACAUGGCCAAGCUUGCAGCUUCAUUGCAAUUCGGGGACAAAAUCAUAGAUAUUAUAGAUGAACUAAUUAAAAAUGGAAAAGAGAUAGAAGCUGUUUAUUUUGCAUCAGAAGCUGGUUUGACUGAAAGAUUUUCACCGAUCAACCUACUCAAGUCCUAUCAUCAGAACUUUAAAAAGAAUGUUACUACCACAUCGAAAAGGGGAAACAAUAAUCAUGCUGUAACGGAUGAUUCAAGCACUUCGGAGUUGAAUUCCAUCAAGGCUAUAAUCAAAUGUGUAGAAGAUCACAAGCUUGAAUCAGAGUUUGACCUUGAUAAUUUGAGGAAGCGGGCUACCCAUCUGGAGAAAACUAAGGCUGAAAGGAAGAAGAUUUCAACAUCCGGAACUAAACCUCAGAACAAGCGAGGCUCUCGAGGCAGUGGAUCUAGCUCUUCCCGUCCAGCUAAAUCAGCCAAAUUUAACAAUGCGCACUCAACAUCUUUCAGUCGCAGGAACCUGGCACCUUCUCGACAAUCCAGUGGUGCUGGAGCAAGAUUUUCUGGUCCAUUCAACUACCCUAGCCAGACAAUUUUCGAAGGUGCAACUGCAAAUCCUUACACAGCAACCUAUGGAAGUUCCCACGCUCAAAGUCCAGCUGGAAUAACACAACAGCACUACUCUAUUCCUGUUGACAGUUUGGGUCCAUCUGGUUACCGGUCUAGUGGUUCCUAUUCAGGACAGACUAGCUAUGGCAUAUACGAUUACAUAAAUGUUGCCCCUUCAACUUAUCCACCUCCAUACACAGUAGAUCAAACCAGCUACAGGGGAUAAGUUUUCGUGUUUCCCCUUCCUGCCCGGCUGCCCGUUGUCUCAUUUUGAUGCUACUUUCAACUUUUUUUUUUUUCUUCUUCUCAUUUUGUGCAUGUCAAAAUUGCAAAUGUAACAAGUCCUUAGAAUGUAUUUCUUCUAAUACAUAGAUAGAUGUGCCAAGGCAAAGUUAGUUCAAUUUUUUCAGGU